UUUAGUCAGAAUGCCGAUGGGUACUGCAAUCACAAGGAUGCUCUCGGUCGCGCGUCCGGCGACCCGCGGCUUGGCCCUCAGACGCGCGGGGUUUGUCACCUCUGCACGGUCUUCCACAGGCUCGCCGUCGAGCUUGGAGAACCAGAGGAAGACGACCGGCGUCCUACCGCCGUACGCACCCGUCGGGGUGUCUGCCGCGCUCGCGGCACCUUCGUCCGGUGCCGUCAAGCCUACGUUGUUUGAACAUGAAUUCACCAUGACAGACCGAGUCGCCAUGGUCUCGGGCGGGAACCGCGGUCUCGGUCUCGAGAUGGCUAUGGCUUUGGCGGAGGCCGGCGCGCGCGCGGUCUACUGCGUUGACCUCCCCAAACAGCCCGGGGAGGAAUGGACAAAGGUCAAGGACUACCUCAACAGAAUGGAGGGCAAGCCUGGACAGCGUAGGCUGGAAUACAUUAGCGCGGACGUGCGGGACCAAGAGCAAAUGUGGAAGAUUGGGGAGACCAUCGGUGACAGAGAAGGGCGCUUGGACACCUGCGUCGCCGCGGCAGGCAUCCUCAAGUCCAUAACGGAUUGUCUUGAAUAUCCUGCGAAGCAGUUUCAGGAAGUGAUGGAAGUAAAUGUCAACGGGGUUCUUUUCACCGCACAGGCGGCAGGCAGACAGAUGGAACGUUUCGGCCACGGGGGCAGUAUCAUUCUGAUAGCAAGCAUGAGUGGCACUGUAGUCAACAAGGGUAACAAUUGGAUCUCUUACAACACCUCAAAAUCCGCCGUUCUCCAAAUGGGGCGUAACAUGGCCUGCGAGCUAGGACCAAAGCGCAUACGAGUGAACACACUCAGCCCCGGACACAUCUAUACACAUCUGACCGCAGCGUACGUGGACCCGCAACCGCAUCUCAUCGAUCACUGGUCAAGCCUGAACCCACUCGGGAGACUGGGGCGCCCAGACGAAUUGCGCGGUGUGGUGACAUGGUUGGCCAGUGACGCGAGUACGUACUGUACAGGCAGCGACAUCCUGGUCAACGGCGGACACCACGCGUGGUAAGAAGUUGGACCGUGCAUUCGGGGCGCCUAGACGGCUAUAUGGACGAGGGAGAUUGUGUCCCGGGCUGAAACUUUCUUUCAUUUGGGCUGUACUCCAACGACGAGUACUGUGUGUAUACGGGAUAUAUAGAGCGCUAUGACACGGCCAAAUGCGCGGCG